UCUUUUUUUUGUUUACGAUCGAAAUGAAUUUGUCUUGUACCAUGACAAGUUGACAACCACUAGCCAGCUCUUCAAAAUCUACUCGCCCAUUGUGCAUUCAUGAAACAACCAACCAUCUUUAUUGCCUGCACAAGAUGCCACAACAGUAAAGGCCCCUCCCUUCUCUGAUAUUUCAAGCCUCCAAAUUCCAUUUUCAUAAUCCUCCUCACUCCCCACUCUACUGUCUCUUCCUUACUUCAUUCUUCAAGGAAGAACAGUUCUUCUUCCUUACCUGAUCAAAAUGGCUGAUCAAAAACCAGUAAAAUGGCUGGUUUUGAUACUAACAAACUGCCUGUUCUUCAGCAUUGCCUUCUCUGCCAAAACCCAAUUUGCACACAAGACUUACAUUGUCCAAAUGGACAAGUCAGCCAAGCCAGAAUCUUUCACCAAUCAUCUAGACUGGUACUCGUCUAAAGUAAACUCAAUUGUCUUCAAACCAGAAAAUGAAGAAGAUGGAGGUCAUGAUCACGAAAGGGUAAUUUACACUUACCAGAAUGCUUUUCAUGGAGUUGCUGCUCGGUUGAGUGAAGAAGAGGCUGAGCGGCUACAGGAGCAAGAUGGAGUCUUGGCUAUUUUCCCAGACACAAAGUACCAACUUCACACUACAAGGAGCCCUCUGUUCCUUGGCCUUGAACCACAUGACAGCACCACCACCGUAUGGUCUCAAAGAGUCACUGACCAUGAUGUCAUAGUGGGUGUGCUUGACACAGGGGUCUGGCCUGAGAGCCAGAGCUUCAACGACACCGGCAUGUCCCCGGUGCCGGCUUACUGGAAAGGAGCUUGUGAAACUGGCCGAGGCUUCUCCAAAAACAACUGCAACAAAAAAAUUGUGGGAGCAAGAAUCUUCUACCAUGGUUAUGAAGCUGCCACAGGGAAGAUCAAUGAGCAAACAGAGUUUAAAUCACCUAGAGAUCAAGAUGGGCAUGGAACACACACUGCAGCUACUGUUGCUGGCUCUCCAGUGCGCGGUGCUAAUCUUCUUGGCUAUGCUCAUGGGACAGCCAGAGGAAUGGCACCUGGUGCGAGAAUUGCAGCUUAUAAAGUUUGUUGGGUUGGUGGUUGCUUCAGCUCUGAUAUUCUAUCAGCAGUUGAUAAAGCUGUGGCUGAUGGGGUCAAUGUGUUGUCUAUUUCUUUGGGUGGUGGAGUGUCAGCUUAUUACAGGGACAGUUUGUCCAUAGCUGCUUUUGGGGCUAUGGAGAUGGGGGUUUUCGUGUCGUGCUCAGCUGGAAAUGGAGGACCAGACCCUGUUAGUCUCACCAAUGUGUCCCCUUGGAUAACCACAGUUGGUGCUAGCACCAUGGACAGAGAUUUCCCAUCUUCUGUUAAACUUGGAAAUGGCAGAACUGUGACUGGGGUUUCACUCUACAAAGGCAGAAUGAUGCUGUCAACAAAUAAGCAAUACCCUGUUGUGUACAUGGGCGAUAAUUCAACAAGCCCUGAUCCAAGCUCGUUGUGUUUGGAGGGAACUUUGGAUCGGCGUGUUGUUGCUGGGAAAAUUGUGAUUUGUGACCGAGGGAUUAGCCCCAGAGUGCAGAAGGGACAGGUGGUGAAAGAUGCAGGAGGAGUAGGCAUGAUUUUGGCAAACACAGCUGCAAAUGGAGAGGAACUUGUUGCAGAUUGUCACCUUGUUCCAGCAGUAGCUGUAGGAGAAACUGAAGCAAAAGCAAUAAAGCAUUAUGCUUUAACAAGUCCAAGAGCCACUGCAACUCUGGCAUUUCUUGGGACGAGAACUGGGGUUAGGCCAUCUCCAGUUGUGGCAGCAUUUUCAUCCAGAGGACCCAAUUUUGUGAGCCUUGAAAUUCUCAAGCCGGAUGUGGUGGCUCCAGGGGUCAACAUUCUUGCUGCUUGGACUGGAGCAUUAGGUCCUUCAAGCUUGCCAACAGAUCACCGCAGAGUGAAGUUCAAUAUAUUGUCCGGGACUUCAAUGUCAUGCCCUCAUGUGAGCGGCAUUGCUGCUUUGCUCAAGGCUAGGCACCCCGAAUGGAGCCCGGCAGCAAUAAAAUCUGCCUUGAUGACAACUGCAUAUGUUCACGACAACACGCAUAAGCCUCUGCAAGAUGCCUCAGCAGCUGAGGCUUCGACGCCGUAUGAUCACGGCGCCGGGCACAUAAACCCAAGGAAAGCUCUUGACCCAGGUUUGGUUUAUGACAUUGAGGCUCAGGAUUAUCUUGAAUUUCUAUGUACACAAAGGCUAACCCCAAUGCAGCUCAAAGUUUUCACCAAGUACUCAAACAGAAGCUGCAAGCACGCUCUGGCCAGCCCAGGGGACUUGAACUAUCCAGCAAUCUCUGUUGUGUUCCCAGAGAGAACCAAUGUUUCUCUUUUGACCCUUCACAGAACAGUCACUAAUGUUGGCCCUCCGGUGUCGAAUUACCAUGCCAUAGUUUCACCAUUCAAAGGUGCUUAUGUUAAAGUGGAGCCACGGACCCUGAAGUUCACCAGAGCCAAUCAAAAGCUGUCUUAUAAAAUCACCUUCACUACAAAAUCUCGGCAAGCAACUCCUGAGUUUGGAGGGUUGGUGUGGAAGGAUGGAGUGCACAGAGUGAGAAGCCCAAUUGUUGUUGUGUGGCUGCCUCCACUGUGAAUCUUCCAGUAGAAAUUUUUUUUUUUUUUCCUGACAUGAAUGAAUCUGAAUGUGGGUUUUAGUGCUUUUGAAUAAACAAAUUUUGUGUAAAAGAGCCAAGAAGUUCACUCAUCUGUUGCUCUUCAAGUGGUUUGUUACCAUUAUAAUCCAGCUUGCUGCUAGUGCAAGUGAUCAACAUUAGAACACGAGCAGAACAACCAUGUGUAAUGCAAUGUCGAAUUCGUAUGCAAAUUCAAUCGUUGUGGUUCAGAACUAGAUUAUAAUAUAAGUUCAUAGUUGCUCAA